UGCAAUUUUCCUGGCUUGUGUAUCUAAUGCGCAUGCACUUUCUCGAGAUGAUUGGCAGGUGAUGUUUGUGUCUAAAAGGUGAUUGGCUCUUUUACCUGUAAGACGGGACUUCCUUUCAACAUCCGUUGACCGUUGGGUGCUAGAGCUCCUAGGUGGGGUGUUCCAAUUUCUCCCAUUCGUUUUAAUAGAAGUGGCCCAUCUCUGCUAAAUACUCUCUGGUUAAACUCACUGUUGAUUGCUGAGGCUCACGUCUGUAAACGCUUUUGCACAGAGAGCGCGCUGAUAUUUCAGAUGGGGAGGCAAUCUUAUCAAAAAUCAGUCGGAGGGCCAGACAAAGAUGAUUGGCGUGCCGGAUUUGGCCCAUGGGCCGCCAGUUGACUAGCCCUGUCCUAUUCCCUUCGAAGGACAGAUCUCUUGAUGUGGGAAAUCUAAAGAGAGCCUGAAAGUACUAUAUGAAUGGAUCCUUCACUAAGUCUUGUAAAAGGGCUCUUCGUGAAAAAUAAAUAAAUAAAUUUAAAAAAUAUGUUUCCUUUUGUUUGGAAUUAAAUUUUGAGUGGCGGUUCCUUCCCGCAGUGCCCCUUCAAGGGUGUAAAACUGCCGUUUGGAAAACACCCAUUGUUUCUGCCACUGACACAUAUGCAGAAAUAGUAGUAAGAGUAGUAUGCGCAGUAUGCCAUUGCUAACUCAGCCACACACAACAGCCUUGUCAGUGAUCAAAUGAUGGGAAAAGGACUUCUUAACGCUAUUUGUUACUUGUGGCAGAAAUCAAGUCUUUUCAGCCUGUGUAAGGCGCAAUUUUAUUACCACAGAAUCAUGUCAAGUCUUAACUAUCAUGAAAAUACAGAACGAGACAUUUUUUGCAAGAGCUUUUCAUGUGAAGUUCAAAGCGCUGCUUGACGCCAAUCAUGAAUGUUGUAGCAAAGCUGAUAGCCACAAUUUGUGGAUGACUUGAGUUUAAGAGAUUUAAUGCACAUUGCAAUUAAUAUUCAACUAAUAGUUGCACAGUUCUUUCAAUUAGUCAACCUCCCACUUACACUUAUGUUUCUUGAAUUGGUGCUAUUUUAGUGCAUUUCUAUCUUUAUACUGUGAAAAGCUUUGUUUGGAAAAAGUUAAAGAAUGUCCUAAGAAAGAAAUAGGUGCAUUUAAAUUUUUCUUAUUAUAGAUCUCUGGGAAUCUGAGAAACAUUUUGUGUCGAUAAGACAAAUCAAAAGUUAAAGCAUUACAAAAAUAAUUUAUAAUAGUGUCCAAAAAUGUCUCCACGUGUCCAAAAGCCUCUCCAAACAAAUAAAACAAUAAUUGUACAUAAUAAUUAAUUACACAUGCAAACACAACAAUGACUAAAGGUUUGCAUAGCAUGCAGACAUGAUUUUAGUAAUGAGAUUUCACAGAAUGAGUGCCUUUUUUUACUCAAUGAGUCUGCAUCACUGAGUUUGUGUUAUUUCUUGGCGCCAUCUCCUGGUGGCCAUAUGUAAUAUUGUGCUUUGUGUGGAUUAUCUAAUGAUCUAUGAAUCCAAUCACCUUGUGUGUGGGCUCAUUUGAAAGAUAAUCACCUCUAAAUAAUGGUAUGUGAUAUUUUAUGUUCCGUUUAUUUUUCUUGAAUUCACAAGCGAAAACACGUCAUAUAAGCAACACCAAAAUAAUUGUCGAAGACAUAAUUGGCUAAUACUCGCUAUAUUUUUGUCUGUGAGUAAAAAAAUAGGCUCGAUGUAUUCUACUCUUUGAGAGCUUUCCAACAACAAACGACACAUGACUGAUUGCAAUAAUAAGUACAGUGCAAUUUUUUUAAUAAAUUAUCAACAUGAACACUUCUGAUUUGUCUGCACAAAGCACUUGUUUAGUUUUGGUCAUAAUGCCUGCAUGCAUUGGAAAGUAGGCCCAUCCGAUCUUAUAGGGUUAAAGAACUGUGGCAAGUUCUCCAAGAUGCUUGGAACAACUGACCUGCCAACAACAUUAAAAAAACUCCCAGUGUGCCUUGGAUGGUGCUGUAUUAUAGGCAAAUGGUGAUCACACCAAAUAUUGAUUUAGUUUUUUAUGUUUACUGCAGUUUGUACAAAGUUAAUUGAUAAAAACUAUUAAUGGCAUUAUUUUUGAAAACACCCUUACUUUACAGAAUUUUUCACAAGUGUGUAAAAUUUGCACAGUACUGUUUACGCAUGCUCUGGCUCUCACAUGUCUUUUCUGCUGGGUGUGUAUAAAUCAUAAAAAAGUCUUGUGGGGAGUUCCUAUUCUGCAGUUCUCUCUGGUGAAGGUCAGGUGUACGUGUGUAUAACAAGCAGUCUGAGCUAAAGGAUGAAGGUCUUACUGUAUGUGUGUUUCAUCUUAUUUUUAACAAAUAUGGCGACUGGACAGACGGCAGAAUCUCACUGUACUGAUGUGCAAGACUUUAAAGAAUGUUCAAAAACUUGGACAUGUGAUGAGACAGUCAGCACAUGUCAUUGUUUCAGCGGACAACCAUUCUGUCGAUGCAACAACCGAGCAGGAGAGUUUUACAUUGACGAAAAAUGUUCUCAGAGAUGGACAACAGUGACCUUUGCCCUGGUGGCGUCUCUGCCUGGUCUCACUCUGGUGUUGUUGGUGGGGGUGACUGUCUAUGUGAUAAUGCAGUCGUCAUCAACCAAGAGACAUCUAGUUGAAGAAAUGAAGAAGCCCAAGGCAGCUGAUCCUAACAAGGAGGAUUUAUUCCCUGGAAUUACAUUUUCUUCUGAUAUGAAUGGCCGACCUCCUCCUAACACAAUACCUGUACAACAAGACCAUGUUACCAUGACAAUCGUGCCCAACAACCGCUAUAGCAUGUCUAAUGGGACGCAUGAACCUCCUAUGGGACGUCCUGCUCGGCCAUACAGCACAUCCAAUAGUAUGCAUCCAUCUACUGGAAGAAUUGCUGAUGGAAGACCCCAUGAGCCAUACAGCAUGUCUAAUGGGAUGCGUGAUCCUCCAAUGGGAGGCCCUGCUCGGCCCUACAGCAAUGCAGCAGGUCGGGGUCAAAUUGUUAGUAACCCUUAUGCCAGAGAUUCACCCAGCCGAAACCCCUAUGAUGACCGCAGUCCUUCUCCAGACCCCCGCAAUGAUUACAGGCAACCUGCCCCUUUCCACACAUAUGAUAGCAUGAAUCAGCCUUAUUCUCCAGCUCCACUCUAUGAUUCCUCUGACCGUGGAAAGCCUCGCAGUGGAUUUCCACGACCCCAAUUAAACGUACAAUACUAGAACUGUUCAUGAAGUGGUUUUUUGUUUUUGUUUUUCUCUUACAUGUGCAUAUUGCAACUCACAAGUCUUACAUCUUUAAUUGAGUAUAAUGUUUUUUAUGGCUCUUAUUUUUAAAGUAUCUGGUUAUUGUCUGGAAGUUGGAAAGGCACUAAUUUGUGUCACCAACUUGUGUUUAUACAAGGUAGUAUAAAACGAAAUGCAUUUACCAUUUAAUGAUGAUUUUGUUCAGUGUAUCAACAUGAGCUUAAAGGAACUAAAUAGUUGACUGAAUUUUCCUGAAUGCUGGAUUCGUUUUGUAACCAUUAAGUUAUUUUGUGUAAAAACCUUGAUUUGUCAAAUGUCUGGAAAUAAGGAAAGCACUCUCGCUAUUUAAAAAUGUUUUUUGUUGUCCAAUUCAUUAAAAGCAUUUAAGAAAUACCAUAAUUUUUUAAAAAGAUGUUCAGUACAAUAUUAUAGAACAAUAAAUGAUAAAUAAGUAAUUUGAUGAUUACUGUGUGCUUUUGCUGUAUGGAUUUAUAUUCUACUACUGUUUACCUGAAUUUUGUAAGCUCAUAUGGACCGGCACUUUAUCUGUCACCAUUAAACAUAUAAAACUACAGUCCAUUAGUGAAAUUUCAUACCUGCAGGUGGUAAGAUUGUAAUUAAAAACAUGCAUUUAACAUUAAAGGAGUAAUUCU